AUGGCUUGUUUUGAUGAAAUAUUCGAUUGGACUAAUCCUAAAAUCGUUCCAAAGCGUCUUGGAGAAAAUGUUUUCCUUAUUUGGCUCGAUGCGAGAAUUAAUCAAGAUAGAAAUAGUUAUCAACGAGAUUUGAAGAAAUUACGUAGUGAAGUCAACGAUCUUAUUUUAUUUACUGACGUCGAAGUUUGUGUGAAAUUUAUUGAAAGUAUUUCCGAUGAAAGAAUAUUAAUAAUUACUUCUGGUUCAUUUGGACAAACACUCGUUCCACGAAUUCAUUCGCUAAAACAAGUAAAUACAAUUUACAUAUUUUGUCGUAAUCCAUCUUUCCAUAAACAAUGGACAAGUACUUGGAUGAAAAUUCAAGGUAUUUAUACUCAAAUUGAACUGAUUUGUCAAGCUUUAAAAGUAGCUGUAAAACAAUCAAAUGAAGAUUUAACAUCAAUUAGUUUUAUUCAAGCAAAUUCUACUGACUCGAACAUAUCCGAUUUGAAUCGGUUGGAACCGUCAUUCAUGUACACGAGAAUAUUCAAAAAAAUCUUGUUGCAAAUGAAACACGAUAAUCGUAAAGCUCGACAUGAAUUGAUAAAGAUUUGUCACAAAAUCUACGCGGAUAAUGCUAAUCAAUUAGCAAUAGUGGAAGAAUUUGGUCAAGAUUAUCAUCCACAGAAAGCAAUUUGGUGGUAUACACGAGAAUGUUUUACUUAUCAAAUAUUAAAUCGAGCUCUAAGAUUAUUAGAAGGUGAUAUCAUUGUUGAUAUGGGCUUUUUCAUUCACGAUCUACAUUGUCAAUUAGCUCAGGUACAUCGCGAACAAUUACCUCAUUAUCAAGAGAAAAUCUUUCAAUUAUAUCGUGGACAAGGAUUGAGUACAGAGGAUUUCGCUAAAAUGCGUCAAAAUCGAGGAGGAUUGAUCUCUUUCAACAGUUUUCUUUCCACAAGUAGGACUCGAACUGUUUCAUUACAAUUUGCUCAACAGGCAUCAAAGAAAAACAAUAUGAUCGGAGUACUAUUCGUAAUGAACAUCGACCCAAAAGUAAAAUCAACACCAUUUGCUGAUAUUAAAGAUUACAGUUAUUUUCAAGCUGAAGCUGAAGUUCUUUUUUCUAUGCAUAGCCUUUUUCGAAUUGAUCGGAUUCAAAGUUUCGACAAAGAUGAAAAACUCUUUCAAGUCGACUUGAUUCAAACUACUGAUGAUGAUCCGGAAUUAUUGGCGUUGACCAAACGCUUAGAAAAAGAAAUUGGACAACACUCGGAAUGGAUACAAUUGGGAAGACUUUUGAUCAAAAUUGGUCAGCCGAAAAAAGCAGAAGAACUUUUUCUUUCUUUAUUAGAACAUCCACCAAACAAGCACGAAGAAGCCGAAUAUUUCUACCAAUUAGGAUGGAUUAAAGAUGAUCAGGGAGAAUAUUCAGAGUCUAUUCAAUAUUAUCAAAAAUCUGUUUUUAUUCGAGAGAAAAUUUGUACUCCGACCGAUCUUAGCCUCGCUAGUACUUACGAUAAUCUUGGAAUGGUUUAUAAUCAAAUCAAUCAAAUUUCGACAGCACUUCACUAUUGUGAAAAAGCACUUCAUAUUCGACAAACAGUUUUGCCUGCCGAUGCAACUGAUCUUGCCUUGUCCUACAAUAAUGUUGGCUUUAUCUACUUUACGAAAGCAGACUAUAACAAAGCACUAUCCUAUUACAACAAAGGAUUGAUCAUUUAUGAGAAAAAACUUCCAGAUAAUCAUCCCCAACUGGCAAUUAUCUACAAUAAUAUAGCUGAGAUUUACAGUAAAAUGAAUGAACAAACAAAAGCACUUCUUUUUUACGACAAAGUACUCAGUAUUCAAAAACGAGCUCUUCCUGUUGAUCAUCCAGAUCUGGCGCGUUCAUACAAUAAUAUUGGUGGUGUCUAUUGUCAUCUCAAAGAUUAUGACAAAGCCCUCUCAUAUUUGGAAAAAGCUGUCAUUAUAUAUGAAAAAGCUCAUGGCGGUAAUCAUUCUGAUUUGGCGACGUCUUACAAUAACCUUGGAUCGCUACAUAUGACAUUAAAAAACUUGUCUAAAGCAUUAGAUUAUUACAAUAGAGCACUAGAGAUUUGGAAGAAAAGUCUUCCAGAUCAUCAUUCAUUAUUAGCUACGUGUUAUAACAAUCUCGGCACUAUUUACAUUAAGAUGAAAGACUAUUCACAAGCAUUGGUAUACUUUCAGAAAUCCUUGGAGAUUCAAGAAAAUCUUUUCCAUGCUGAUCAUCCUGAUCUAGCUGUCUCUUACAGCAAUAUUGCAGCAGUAUAUGGGCAUACCGAAGAACAAUCAACUGCAUUAUCUUACUACUACAAAGCUAUGAAGAUUUGGCAAGAGAUUCUUCCUGAAGACCACCCUCAUUUGUCAAUGACAUACAAUAAUAUUGGUGGCGCCUAUUUAGCAUUGAAAGAUUAUUCUCAAGCACUAGAAUUCUUCGAAAAAGCAUUAGAUAUCUUUCAACGAACUCUUCCAUCCGAUCAUCCCAAUAUUAAAAUGACACUUCAGUUUAUCGGUGUGGCUAAACGAAAGGCUGCCAUCUAA